AUGCCUAGUCCAGCAAAAAAGCGAAAGGUCAAUGGAGUCCCUUCUAUGCGAAGCAUUGAAUCGUUCUUUUCCGCCCAGCAUGCACAAUUGCCACCAAAAAGCUCAGAAGCCAACAAGGAGGAGCUUCUUACCGACGAGGAGCUUGCUCGUAAAUUGCAAGACGAAUGGAAUCAAACUGAUACCCAAGCACACCCCGAAUCGAUUCCAAGUACAGAGGACACUUCGCCGCGCAAGAUGCUAGACAAGGCAGAGCCCUCGAUCUCCAAGCCAUCAAACAUCGCAACGCAUGCGCAGAGCUCGACUUCUAAAGAUAUACUGUCUCUUCAAUCCUCUCUGGGUUCAGAAGACACCAUUGUGUCGGCAAUCCCCCUCGAUGAGAGCCCACUGACAUUUGACCCUGCGAAAUACGUACCUGAACUUCAGAAGCAUUGGGCACACGAUGGUGGAGAUGCCUCGUAUGCGCUUUUAACACAGGGGUUUAUUCUUGUGAAUAGCACAACGAAGCGCAUUAAAAUCGUGGAUACUCUCGUCAACCUCUUACGCAUACUAAUCGAAGGUGCUCCUGAGAGCCUCUUACCUGCCGUGUGGCUGGCGACGAAUUCCUUUGCUCCUCCAUAUGAGCCAGCGGAGUUAGGACUGGGCGGCUCUGUGAUAUCGAAGGCUUUCAAAAAUAUAUAUGGAUUGAAUGCUCAAGGACUUAGAACACUUUACAAUAAACAUGGAGAUGCAGGAGAUGUGGCCUUUGAAGCCAAGAAACGACAGAGCUUCACUCUCAAAAAGCCGAAGCCGCUGACAAUUAAAGGUGUCUACCAGUCAUUGACCAAGAUUGCAAGAAGCAAAGGCUCUGGCAGCCAGGAGACUAAGCAGCGUAUCGUCGAAAGGCUACUCCAGGAUACUCGGAGUGCCGAAGAGAGUCGCUAUAUUGUAAGAACUCUGGUUCAGCACUUGCGUAUCGGGGCAGUCAAGACUACUAUGCUCAUUGCUCUUGCACGAGCUUUUUUAUUCUCGAAGCCCCCCAAAGCCGAAUUCGCUACCAAGGGAAUGAAAUAUUUGGCAAAACUUAGGAAAGACGAACUUGCUGAGUUGUACCUAAGGUCUGAAGAAAUUGUUAAAGCGUCUUACGCAAGACAUCCGAACUAUGAUGAUUUGGUUCCCUGCUUACUCGAGAUUGGCGUUACAGAAGAGUUACUUAUGCGAUGUGGGCUUACGCUACAUAUACCUCUACGACCUAUGCUAGGCAGCAUUACGCGGGACCUUUCAGACAUGCUGACCAAAUUGCAAGGCCGCGACUUUGCGUGUGAAUACAAAUACGACGGACAGCGAGCUCAGGUUCACUGUGACUCGAACGGUAAAGUGAGCAUAUUCUCUCGCCACCUUGAGCUCAUGACAGACAAAUACCCGGACUUGGUGUCUCUGGUGCCACAGAUCAGGGGAGAGUCUGUGUCGAGCUUUAUCCUCGAAGGAGAAGUCGUUGCCGUCGACCAAGAAACUGGCGAGCUCCAGCCAUUCCAGACGCUUACCAACCGGGCCAAGAAGAAUGUCGAUAUUGGAAGCAUAAAAGUAAAUGUCUGUCUUUUCUCAUUCGAUCUGAUGUAUCUUAAUGAAGAGCCACUCCUUGAUCGAUCGUUUCGGGAGCGACGAGAUAUGCUUCGUAGUCUUUUCACAGAGAUACCUAAUCGGUUCACAUGGGUGAAGAAUUUGGAUGCGACGUCGGCUGAUUCAGAGGCAGUGCUUGAGUUUUUCAAGAUGGCCACGGAUGUCAAGUGCGAGGGCAUUAUGGUCAAGGUCUUGGACAAUGAAACUCAGAACAAUCUAGUCUCCGAGGAUGCUGCCAUUGCUGAAAACAAUGGCGAUGGUCUCUAUGCAGAAACCCUAGAAAGCAAUGAAGAAUUACGGAACGAGCAAUUACCACCCCCAGCAAAAAAGAAAGAAAGAAGCACGCGGCGCAAAGCACUCCUUUCAACCUACGAACCCGACAAACGGCUGGAGUCCUGGCUUAAAGUGAAGAAGGACUACAGUACAUCCUCAGAUACCCUUGACCUAAUCCCGAUUGCAGCAUGGCACGGCAACGGGCGCAAAGCCAAAUGGUGGUCUCCCAUCCUCCUUGCAGUGCGCAACCCUGAAACGGGGGUUCUCGAAGCCGUGACCAAGUGCAUGUCAGGCUUCACUGAUAAAUUUUAUCAAUCCAACAAGGACAAAUACUGCCAAGACAGCGAUAAUGUCCUUGCUAGUAAACCGAGUUACAUCGACUAUAAUGCGGGGGAGCCAGAUGUAUGGUUUGAGCCGCAAGAAGUCUGGGAGAUGGCAUUCGCGGAUAUUACGCUUAGUCCUACCUAUACUGCUGCGAUCGGACUUGUUAGCGAAGAGAGGGGUCUGAGUCUUCGAUUCCCACGCUUUCUGCGUGUGAGAGAAGAUAAGUCUAUUGAUGAAGCGAGUACAUCUGAUUACCUGGCCGCGCUGUGGCGGAAACAAAUGGAGCGUGCGCAGGAGGAGAAUCCUAUGAUCGAUGACGAUAACAUUGACGAGCAAGAGGAGCAAGCUUAUCGCGAUUUAGAUGGAGGGUGA